AUGAAAAAAUUUUGUAAUUUCAUAUGUUGUGCUUUGGAUUCAGAUGAGGAGAAGAUGGGUGAGGAAAAAUAGAUUUCAAUCAAAAAGGAAGAAAAAACAUCCUUGGAGCUUUAUGGCAAUUUCGAAACCCAAAACUACAUGCUGGUUAGAAUGACCUAAAAGAAUUUCUUUGUUGAUUUUUCUAUGAGAAAAUCCAAAUUAGUAGAGAAGAACCCCUUAUCUGUCUUCAUAUCGUACAUAGACAACGAUGCCAAGUACGAACAGGACGAAUCAAGUUAUCUGAUACCAGAAAAAGUGCUACAAUACAUUGGCAGAAGAAUGAGGGAAGUCAAACCAUCAUUCAUAGUUGAUGGCCUGUCCAGGAGUGGUAUCAAUGCAAUUUAGUUCUCCUCUGAAACCAACACUUUUGUUUUGGGAAAUAACUUUUCGAUGUAAUAAAUUAAAAAUGCUAAUCACAAUGCAACUAUUUGUAAUUUAAACAUAAGAUGCGAUUUUCUUCAGACAAAUCUACCCAAAUUGCCAAUCAUAGAAAAUGAUGUCUUUUUCAUCUAACCUGAUUAUUAAAUUAUUGAUGGAAAAUUGACAUUAAACAACAUUUUCCCUUCAAUUUCAGAUAUUCUAGAUUACUAUUUAGUGUGGAGUAAGAAUUUAAUUCUAGUUUUACCCAUCUAAGUUGAUCUCCAAGCAUUUUGUGAGGUUUUUUGUUAAAAUUUGAAGGAGAAAAAUUAGGAUCAACUGAUUUUUGAAAUUCAAAAAAUCCAAAUCGAUGGUGAGCUAUAUUAUUACUUUAUUUAUUUUGGAGAGAUAGCUGCUAUCCAAACACAGGAUGAAUACAUGUUAAUGACUGAAAUGACUUUGGAAGAUUCCAAUCAACAAAAUUUAUUUGACUCCACUUAUAUGCUAUUAAAGAAUAUUGGAUACACCACGAAUCCAAGGGAAAUCAUGAAUAUCUUACUUUACUCUAGAUAGAUGUCGUAAUUCGAAACUACCUUACAAGUUCUCAUCAAUCAAUUGCUUAUUAAAGGCUUGUCAAAUGAAUCGACAAUCAAAUAAUUGUUUGGUGAUGCCGAUGUUUUGUUGUCUUCAACGCCGAAAUACAAUCAAAUCCAAGUUUAAGAAAAUACGUUCGGAUAAGAUUGCCAGAUUAAAUAGUGCUACGAGUAGCAACAAACUUAAAAAAAUAAAAAAGCCAAGAAAUCUCAAUUUAUUUCAUUUAAUAUCCCAAGUGAAUGA